AAAGGGAAGAAACCGGGGAGAAAAAGCCGAGCGGUUCUGUGGAUUUGGACUAAAAUGUCGCGGACGCGGAGGGUUCAUCGCCGGUUCUGAGCCCGCGGGGCUGCUAGCUAGCGGCUAGCUCCUCUCAGUCCUGACACAGCUCACCUGCUCGUGUUUACUUCAGAUCGAUUCUCCAACUUUAAAGCAGGGAGUGGAAACAACAACACAUGCAAAGACGCCGUCCCAUGUCUGAGCUGUGGGCCUAAAACUAGGCUGAAGGUUGGAUCUGUCCAAUGACCUGCCAGUCCUCCGAGUCCACAGAAACCAUCGAGAGCGACAGACGAGCCGACAGCAACUCCGGAGCUGUGGAAUCAGACGAGAGCCGCAUCACCUUAGCCAUGAAAGACCUGAAGAACACAGGCUGGUACUGGGGCAGUCUGACCGCUAACGAGGCCAAAGAGAUCCUCCAGGACGCCUCGGAGGGCACCUUCCUGGUCCGGGACAGCUCCCAGAGGGAUUACCUGUUCACCAUCUCCGCCAUGACGUCGGCUGGCCCCACCAACCUGCGAAUCGAGUACAAACACGGCAAAUUCAAGCUGGACUCGGUGGUUCUGGUGAAGCCGAAGCUGAAGCAGUUUGACAGCGUGGUCCACCUGGUGGAGCACUACGUCCAGCUGUCCAGGACCAGCGACAAGGCGGCGUCUGACUCUCAACCCUCGGCGGCGCCGCCCAACGGCACGGUGCAGCUGCUGCUCACCAAACCCGUGUACACGGCCACGCCGCCGCUGCAGCACCUCUGUCGCAUCGCCAUCAACAGGAGGACGCGGCAGGUCCAGGAUCUGCCGUUACCCAACAGACUGAAGGACUACCUGACGGACUACACCUACAACGUGUAGACGGAGCGGGACUACAGCUCACUGUGGAGCCAUACGAGUGCAAUGCAUCAGCUGUGUGCAACGCCCAUCUGACCACUGACCAAUCCCAUCACGCCUUGCUCCGACAAAGACCAGCAAGUCGCGGAGACACGCAGUAAUCGGCCUGGACGUGUCCCGGCUGGAGGAAUAACCCGCAGGAAGUCCUGUCGGCUCGGUCGCGCCGCGCUGCCGUCGGCGCCGCUCUGCGGAAAAGCAGCUGACCACAGCGGGAGUUUAAACACUGACUUCAGCUCCAACAUGUCGCCUGUCGAAGCUCACAGACUGCUUUCGAACUCACAAUAAAACAAACUACAGUUGUAUGAGCGACGGGUGAACCGGACCUCUUCACCUGUUUACCGCUGAAGCGUCAGAUGGUAGUGACGGCCGUUAUAGUGACGUCAGCCCGAGGUGACGUCAGGUGCUGCGAUGUCGCCCGCAGGCCAAACCCACAGGCCGUCAGUUUCCUGCGCUGCAGCAGCUGGAACCAGCACACGUUUGGCCUUUUUGCUUAAAAAAUGACAGACGAUUGCAGAUACAUUUUCUGUCGAUUGACAAAUUGAUUAAUCGAGUCGUGGUCGCGGCCCUGAUUCAGCCCAGUUCCACAUAUUUCACCACCGCCCCGCGAGUUCUGAAAGACCUGAACGGAAAGCCUGGACUUCCGGUCGGCGCUGGUUUCUGUUCGUGUGUCUUGAUGAGAGUCCGGCUGAUUUUUACUGCACUGUUAAAAUCAUUACAGAAUCAAUACUUGACAGGACGAUGUUUCGGCUGAUGUUUGUUUUUGACAUUUGGCAGAUGGUCAUUAAGGUUUGGGUGGACGUUAUCAGUAUUAGAUGAUGGUAUUAGAUUAGGUGAUGACAUCACCUCUGGCUCAUUUAUUGGUGAAGUGUUCAGUUUCAAGACGUUUGUAUUGAUGAUUUGAUCAGAGUCACAGAAAACAUCUGAGUUUGUCGUCAUUCUGAACGAGAGUCGAGCCGAUUCGACGGUAUUUACCUGCGCACUGACGUUUGAUCACAUGUCGAGUUUUUGGCUGACGUGAACCGUCUUUACAGGAGUCUUUGCAAAGUCAUUAUGAUCAUUAUUAUCAGUUAGUCUGGCGAUUAUUCAAUUAAUCAUUCAUUUGUCAAAAAAUAGUGAUAUGUGCAUCAGUAGCAACGGUCACACAAAUAAUCACAAAUCUGUGAUUUAUUACAGUUUAAUGAUUUUAAAACGAUUUCCUUCGAUCUGGAAUCAACUGAUCAGUCGACUGAUCAGUUACCGAACUGAUCGUUUCGGCUCAUUGUUUUGAGUUUUUUAUUUUCCGUAUUUGUUGAACGUUUUCAGCUGAGCUGCAGAACGAAAGACUCAACUGUCUCCGUUUCCUCGAUAAGUUCUACCGAAACUCGUUUAUAAAGCGUCGCCUGAGCUUCCUGAAAGACGAAGGACAGGAAAUUAUAGAUCCGCUGAAGUGAGAAUGACGUGAAAUGAACUCAGACUUGACAGAAACAAAACUCGCUUCAUGAACAGGAUCUGUUUUAACACCAGUCUCCACUCUGCACAGCUUGUUGUUCCUGCCUUCACACGCAGGACACGGAGAGCUCUGAUUGGCCGACGGACGGCCUGUGACCAUGAAAAGUUUGUGAGCCAGCAGGACGAGCUUUCCUGAUCGAUGAGCUGUGCAGAAAACAAACAGACGUGUUGUUGAUCGUCAGGGUUUGACCUCUCGGGGCUCCUGUUAGACUUUGGCCCUGCUGAAUGUAGUCCUCUGCAGCUCUGAACCAAUCAAACCACAGAAAAACAGACCCGGCGCCGCACAGGACCCGUGCGCUCUGCGCUCGAGUCCCUCUUUCACUCAGUCCCACAUCUGCAGACCAGACUCCGUCUCUGUGCUCUGCGCUGCAUGUAAGUCAGGCUCGGUCCUCCGGUCCAGAAGGAGGUGCUGUUUGCUAACUGACAAAAACACCAGAAGAAGAACUCCUACUACAGUUCAGCAGACACAAGCAUGAGUUUACAGUAAUAUGUUGCCUUUAGCUCCAACAAAGGAAUCUAACGCGUUGCUAAGAGGAUUUCGCUAAAUCACUGUGAAGUAACGCGUUACCGCCUGAAACUAAGUGUUUAUUGUUUUUUAAGAAAAAAUCCUAAAUCAGCUGCGAGUCGGACUCGAAACGGUUCCUUUCAGUUCUUCAGAGCGAAGGACAAGAACAUAAUGGUCAAGUCAAGCCGAGGAAGCGCCACAGCGAGCGACGGCUCGAGUUACCUGAAAGAUAUUGAUCCCUGUCUCACACUUGAUCAGCCUUCGAUCCUUCGUCUGUUCGUCCGUUUAACUGUUCUGUAUCGGCUCACUAAGCGAUGUUAAUACAAAGCGGUAACCGCGGCACGUGAAUGGGCCGACCUGCGCUCCGGAGCAGAGCCUUCGUCAGGCUGCGGCGGCGCCCACCACUGCGAUACACCUGCCGUUAUCACACCACCUGCCGUUAUCACACCACCUGCCGCUAUCACACCUGCCGUUAUCACACCACCUGCCGCUAUCACACCUGCCGUUAUCACACCACCUGCAGUUAUAACACUUGCCGUUAUAACACCUGCCGUUAUCACACCACCUGCCGUAAUCACACCUGCCGUUAUAACACCUGCCGCUAUCACACCUGCCGUUAUCCCACCUGCUCGUACCUCUGCGGUUACUUUGGUGAAAGUAGUAAUUUUGUAAAGUAACAUUACUUUCACGUGAAAGUAACUAGUAAUAUGUAAUACAUGACAUUUUGAAAGUGACUUGCAGAAUUACUUUAUUGAUCCGAGGGGAAACUCUUUCGUUCCAGCAGCUCGCUGUCAGUCAGUCACACAGGAACAGAAGCACUGAGCAAAUCAGAUAUAACACACUGUAAUACAGGUCAGAUAGAUAAAUUAAAGUACCAGGUGGGUAUAAGUAUAAAUUAAAAUAAGUGUAAAGUACCGAGUGGGUUUACCGGUUGAUGAUGAUAAUACGGUAUCAGGUAAUAGUGAACUGUCAGGUUAAGUGCAGCUUAUUAAGGUUAUAAUGAGACGGAGGAUAUUGCGCAGCAGUAAUGGAGGUCAGCAGUUAUUCGCUCAGACUGGAAACUUUAGAGAUUUUUCGACUUCUUGUUUCGUCAUUUCUACUUCGGGUUUUUAACGCGCAAAUUUAAAAAAACACAUAAAAGCAGGUGGAUGGAAACAUCUGCUCGCUCAGCCGUACAGAUCAUCCAGUCAUGGAACUGGUCUGCAUCAUCAUCAUUAUUAUUAUCAUUAUUAUUAUUAUUAUCGUUUGUGUUGAAGUAGUCGGAGCUCUAAUGAGACAAAUUACAGCUUUCAAAUUAUGACUGAACCACAGUUACACGUCCGGAUUAUUAAACCAACCAAACAUCUGGUGCCAACAAAGUGUGAACGCUGUAACGUCAUUUAGGAUGAAACUACAUGUGUUUAUUUGAAUGAAUCUGAACAAAUUAGCUUGAAUGAAGUGUAACAUCCCCGAUCCUCGGUCCGAACACACCGGACGUGAUUCCUCAACAAUCGGCUUUAAAGGUUGAAGUUUUAUCCUCCUUUUGCGUGUGUAGUUAUAUGGAGACCGUUUAACCUUACUCUAUUUAAAAAUCGUACGUUUUUAGGAUUUCCCGUUGAUUGUUUACCAUUAACACCUGGUGGAACGUAAAAUACGAGCCGCUUUUAAAAUGUCGCGUCUUUUUGUAAAUUCGGUUUAUAUUUGAAGCAUUAAGCAGCACUUUAUUUCAUAAAAACCUUACUUUUGGUUCUGGCUCGCGCCGUUUGGUAGCUGUUGCUCACUGCUGUCACAUAUGUAACGUGUACAGUGAUUUUUUUUUACAGCCGAAUUCUCAAACUAAACAAGGUUUUCGCUGAGUUUUAAGCUGCUGCUCUUCAUAUUUCUUCAGCUUGUUUCUGUGACUCUAAUGUGGAAUCGUCAAAGCAAACUUGGAGCCGCGAGGUCGAGCCUCCAAAACGCUUCCAGGGUUUUAAGGAUCAGAGUUGUUUAAAUCCACACUGCAGGAGACUCGGGUAAACGGGACGUUUGUCCACAGACACUGUGUCGACUCUACGUGAUGAUUCUGUUAAUGCGAAUGUUCCUCUUGUCGUCUUGAUUUUGGCGUGGAGGCUGAUCGUUGGAGGGGAGGCUCGCUCAUUUUCUUCUUCGGCUGCGACUUGAUAAAGUCGUAAACAGCGGCCUCUUCAGCUGAACAGAUCUUUAUUAGUGAACAUAAAGCUCACAACUCUGCAGAUGUUUGUACAUAUCGCAGCUGUGGGCCGGGUCUUCUUCGGGGGGGCGAGCCCUGCAGCUCUCGGCCUGUUUGAGUUUUAAAAAAUAUUUAUUGAUUGUGUCACACUGUGUUUUCUGUAGAGAAGCUGCACAGACUGAAAGCAUGUGUAGUCCUGAAUCUGUAACGAUCAGCUCCCUGAGAUGAAUAAACUUUUUAUAUGGCGCUU